GUGCCACUGCUGCUGGUGCCACUACCGCUGCUACAGACUAGGUGGCAUAAGCUACCGCCCGAUCCAAAGGGCUCAGCUGCAUUCAUCGAUCCAUCCAUCCACUGUCGUUGCGUCGUUGCUGUCGAUUUUGUUUUUUAGCUUGUGCUCUUGUGCUUGUAAUCGUCGCGUGGCGGACUACUCGAGACAGACGCUGCAGAGAAUAACAAUGUCGGGGCGUGGGCAACUGUUCAUAGGCCGUCUCCCUCUUGAAUGCAGAGAAAGAGAUGUGGAGCAAGUGUUCGAACGAUACGGCAGAUUACUGCGCUGCGACGUCAAAUAUGGCACGGGAAUGGCCUAUGCUUUUGUGGACUACGAAGACCAUCGUGAUGCAGAGGACGCCGUCAAGUAUGAGAACGGCCGCGAGAUCCGCGGCCAGAGUGUGGUGGUGGAGUGGGCCCGGGGCCCUUCCUUCCGGCCUCCCGCAGCCAAAGUGAGCAGCUUUGAUGAGUGCUAUCGCUGCCGCCGCACGGGUCACUGGGCCAGGGACUGCCCCGAGGGCGACAGCAGGGAACGCCCUUACUACCCGUCGAGGCGCAGCCGCAGCCGUAGCCGCAGUCGCAGCCGCACUCCGCAGCGCUCGUACCGGCGCAGCAGGCACUCUCGCUCCCGGUCCAGGUCUUCCAGCCGCAGGCGCAGCUGGAGCCGCAGUCCCUCCCCCAGGGACAGCAGGCACCGUUCCAGGAGAGACAGCGGUGAGAACGGCGACCGGCGCAGCACCAGCCGAGGCCGCCGGGGCAACAGCCGCAGCCAGUCCCGUUGAGGUCUCGCUGGGUGCCGCCGAGGGAGGGACGCUGUCCCACGUUGCAGUGCCGCAGACGCGUGCCAGGAACGCCCGGGAGGGACAGCAAUAAUAAAGUGUUCAGUGUAGCCAC